AUGCAGUUCACAUGGGCCCAAGAAGACCUGUCUUUGCUCCAAGAAUACCGCGCCGCACAUCGCAUGGAAACACCCUCAGCCUUUAAUUCGAUACGCAAUCAAUUCCUUCUCACCAAUCCCGGCAUCGGCAGACAAUCGCCUACCAUGGCGCGUCGCAAGUCAAAGAGGAAGGUGCCCAAGGAACAACUCGCCAUGGCAGUGAGGAAGAACUUCAACGACGCUGCUGUCAAUGAGAUUGACGUUAUGGUCGAUUUGCUGUACAAAGUCCGCAAUCAGGACAAGGCGUUCCGACUUCGAUCGGCACCUAACAAGAGCAAUAAAUGA